AUGGCUGAAAUUUUAAUGAAAAUGAUAAUAAAUUUAUUUUCUUCAUUUGAUCCUUCUACAAAUUUAUUUAACUUAAAUUGGCUAAGAAUUAUAUUAAGUUUGAUUCUAUUACCAUCUUUUUUCUGAUUUAUUCCUUCUCGUUAUAGACUAACUUUUAUAAUCUUUGGCAUUACCUUUAAUACAAUAAAUAUAUUAGCUCAUUUAGUGCCCAUGGGAGCCCCUGCUCUCUUAUUGCCAUUUUUAGUAAUUGUUGAAUUAAUUAGAAAUUUAAUUCGCCCAAUAACAUUAGCCAUUCGUUUAACGGCUAAUAUAAUUGCCGGCCAUUUAUUAUUAACCUUAUUAGGAAAUAUAGGUCAAUAUAUAAAUUUUCUAACAAUUAAUGUUUUGAUUUUUAUUCAAAUUUUAUUACUAAUUUUAGAAUCUGCAGUGAGCUUAAUCCAAGCAUAUGUAUUUUCUAUUCUUAUUACUCUUUAUGCUAGAGAAAUUCAUUAAUGACAACUCAAAAUCAUCCUUUUCAUUUAGUAAAUCCAAGGCCUUGACCACUAUUAAUUUCUUUUAAUUUAUUAAAUCUAUUAAUAGGGCUUAUUUCUUGAUUCCACUUAUAUCAAAUUGAUCUAUUGAUUUUUAGAUUAAUUUCUAUACUAUUAAUUUUAUUUCAAUGAUGACGAGAUAUUACACGAGAAAGAACCCUCCAAGGAUUGCAUUCUCUAAAAGUUUCAUCCGGGCUCCGAUGAGGGAUAAUUUUAUUUAUUACAUCUGAAAUUUUAUUUUUUAUUUCAUUUUUUUGAAGAUUUUUCCAUAAUAGUCUUUCUCCUAAUAUUGAAUUGGCAAUAAUAUGACCCCCUAAAUCAAUUAAUACUUUUAAUCCUAUAAAUAUCCCCUUAUUAAAUACAUUAAUUUUGUUAUCUUCAGGUAUUACAGUAACUUGGGCUCAUCAUAGAUUAAUAGAAAAUAACUAUUCUCAAGCACUUCAAAGACUUAUAUGAACUAUUGGCCUAGGGAUCUACUUUACUCUACUUCAAGCUCUUGAAUAUUAUGAAGCUUCGUUUUCAAUUUCAGAUUCUAUUUAUGGAACUUGUUUUUUUAUAGCAACUGGAUUUCAUGGAUUUCAUGUUAUUGUUGGUACUACAUUUCUCUUAAUUAUAAUAAUUCGUCUAUUUAUUAGGCAUUUUUCUUCAAUUCAUCACUUUGGAUUUGAAGCUGCCGCAUGAUAUUGACACUUUGUAGAUGUAGUAUGAUUAUUUUUAUAUUUAUCUAUUUACUGAUGAAGAAGAUAAUUUUAUUUAUAUAAUAUAAAUUAUUAUAUUUGACUUCCAAUCAAAAAAUCUAAAUUUUUAGUAUAAAUAAUAAUAAUAAUUUUUUAUCUAUCAUUAAUAAUUAUAAUCGUUAUUUUAAUAUUAAUAAUCUUAAUUAAUUUUUUAUCUAUAAAAACAUUAAUCGAUCGUGAGAAAAGUAGGCCCUAUGAGUGUGGAUUUGAUCCAAAAAAUAAUUCUCGUAUACCAUUUUCAUUACAUUUCUUCUUAAUUGCUCUAAUUUUUUUAAUUUUUGAUAUUGAAUUAACAUUACUCUUACCAAUUAUUUUCUCAUUAAAAUUUUCAAAUAUUUUUAGAUUAUUUUACUCUAUUAGUUUUUUUUUAAUUAUUCUUUUACUGGGGUUAUUUCACGAAUGGAAAUUAGGGGCAUUAGAAUGAUCAAACUAAA